AUGAACAUGACUACAAACAAAAAAGGGUCAACUGAGUAUGAUAUUGCUGUAAUUGUAGAGGGAACAUGUAUGUACAAAUAUUUUAAUAAGCGAGAAUAUCUCAAUUCGAUGAACAUUGCACUCAUGGAUGGGAAAAUUUUCGAUAUUGGUGCACGACUCAGCAUCCUGAUAAAUUACUUUAGAGCAGGAAAGUGGUGUGUCGACUGUCUAAAAUUUACAUUGACUCGAGAACAAAGUGAAAUUUUUAAACCUAAGAAUGAAAGUUCAUUUAUAUAUCUACUUUACCUUUGUUCAGAUUGUGCUAAAAUUACUAAAAUGAAACUUAAUAUUAAUUAA